GACCCAGAGUAACGAUGGAAUCUCAAUAUGAGUGUUGCAUUGGGCUGCUCGAAGUAGAUAGGGAGUGCCCUGAGAGAGCAUCCAGGAGGAGCUGAAACAGCCGCUGUCAGCAGCCCAGACCCCACUGGAGGAGAAACAAGUUGGGAGUUUGUUCAACAACUACCAAAGAUGAUAUCUGGGAAAAUCCAAAGGAAGAAACUAAGGAACAAAGAGUGGGGAAGAGCUUAGCUUUGCUGCUGAUGAGAACAUGCUCAUCCUGGACUGCUUUUCUGCCUUCUGGCAUCCUGUUCUCUAUCAGUCUUAAGAGUGAUUGUGCCUUUCUUCAGAAGGUAAUUGGAGAAAUGAAACCUGUGCUCUCAGGGGGAAAUAAUCCCCACCACGGAAGGUGACGUGUGAUACUAAUGAAGGGCUACAACCGCUCAGAGAACUGGAACGAGCCAGGAGGAGGCAGUACUCGCCAAUUAAGUACUAGGCAAGAUACAUGAGGAGGAGUGGAAAGAAGUCUCACCUGAUCACAAAUAACAUCUCCAGGAGGGAAAUAAUAAUCAAAAAAUAGUUCUGAUGGUUAUCAUCUCCAAAAUCCCACAUAUAUCUGCUUUUGCGACAUGAAGAUUUUACUUGAAUUUCAAGUGUUGCGGUCCCCAUGGAGCAUCCAGACACUCUGCAGAUUAUUCCACCAGUAUCACAACACUUUUGCACCUUUAAAUUUCUCCGAUUAUGAAGCUAUCAGUCGUUGUGAACAGGAAGUACCUGAGUACUUUAAUUUUGCAAGUGAUGUGCUGGACAAGUGGUCUCAAAUAGAAAAGAGAAAGGAGAGACAAUUUGCUAUAGCAUCAGAGGGGAUGUGGUGCUCUGUCUCUGUGACUCUGAUUCAUCAGUGUGUGCCGUGCUGGGAACGAAAGGGACCAUCAAACCCAGCUCUUUGGUGGAUAAAUGGGAAAGGAGAUGAAAUGAAAUGGAGCUUUGAAGAGCUGGGCUUCCUGUCCCAAAAAGUGGCCAACAUGCUCUCUGGCCCGUGUGGCCUGCAAAGAGGAGACCGAGUUUUAGUGAUUCUACCCCGAAUUCCAGAGUGGUGGCUGCUGAACGUGGCUUGUAUGCGAACAGGUGUUAUAAUCAUCCCAGGGACAACACAACUGACAGCACAAGACAUUUGCUAUAGAUUGCUGGCUUCCAGGGCUAAGUGCAUUAUUACAACAGAUACGCUUGCACCUGCAGUGGACUCAGUUGCAUCCAAGUGCCAGUUUCUGAAAACGAAGCUAAUUGUAUCAGAAAGCGGCAGGGCUGAGUGGCUGAACUUCAGCAGUUUGCUCAAGGCUGCCCCCGCUGUCCAUACCUGCGUGAAGACAAAAAGCCAGGAUCCAAUGACAAUCUAUUUUACCAGUGGCACCACGGGCUCUCCCAAAAUGGUUGAACAUUCCUAUGGCAGCUUUGGCCUGGGUUUUUUUCUCUGUGGAAGAUACUGGAUGAAUUUGACUCCCUCAGACAUCAUGUGGAACGUGUCAGAUACUGCUUGGGUAAAGGCAGCUAUUGGGAGCAUUUUUGGUCCGUGGUUCCAGGGCACGUGUGUUUUUGUACAUGCCAUGCCACAGUUUGAUCCAAGAGCAAUCUUAAAUACCUUGUGCAGAUACCCAGUGACCACUCUGUGCAGUGCCCCAACUGCCUACCGCAUGCUGGUGCAGCAUGACCUCACCAGGUAUGCAUUCAAGACGCUGAAGCACUGUGUGACCGGAGGGGAACCACUCAACUCAGAAGUGAUGGCACAGUGGAAAAGCCAAACAGGACUGACUAUCUAUGAAGGCUACGGCCAAACCGAAAUUGGAAUGAUAUGUGCGAAUAUGAAAGGAAUGAAAAUUAAGCCAGGUUCCUUGGGAAAGGCAGCUCCCCCCUACGAUGUUCAGAUUAUAGAUGAAAAUGGCAGUGUUCUGCCUCCUGGGAAAGAAGGAGACAUUGCUGUCAAAAUGGAUGCCAAGCGGCCAUUUAUGUUUUUCACUCGAUACGUGGAUGAUCCAGUGAAAACUGCUUCCACAAUCCGUGGGAACUUCUAUAUCACAGGAGACAGAGGAAGCAUGGAUGAGGAUGGAUACAUAUGGUUUAUGGGGAGAUCUGAUGAUGUCAUCAUCUCCUCUGGGUAUCGUAUCGGACCAUUUGAAAUAGAGAGUGCCCUGAUACAGCACCCAGCUGUCGUUGAGUCAGCUGUCGUCAGCAGCCCAGAUCCCAUCAGAGGAGAGGUGGUAAAAGCUUUUGUGGUCUUGUCUCCUUCCUUUAAGUCACAAGAUCCAAAGAAACUGGCCUGUGAAUUGCAAGAUCAUGUCAAGAAAGUCACUGCUCCAUACAAGUACCCCAGAAAGAUUGAAUUUGUCCAGCAGCUGCCAAAGACAAUCACUGGGAAAAUCAGACGGAAUGAACUGAGGAACAAGGAGUGGGGACUUAGUUUUGAUAAGCAAUCUAAAAAAGCCUAACCCUAUCAAUUUCAUUCAUAAUGGAGC